AUGACUUCCUCACUCGUCAACCCCAACUACAAGGAAUUCACCUUGAAGCCUUACGUGGGCGGCUUGCUCGUCCCGGAGAGUCAGCUCGAGCUGCUGUGCUAUAGCCAGGACAUUCCUACCGAUAUCUACGAAGGCAACGUCACGAAGGUUGUAAAUGACCUCUUCGUGGAAAAGAAGCUUCCACUGCACGUCUGCGCGUUUGACGGGUCCCUCUCUGUCGCCGACCGCUCGAUUGCUGAUUUCCAGGAGCGAUUCAAGGGGCUCAAGGGCGCUUAUAGAGAACCGCAGCCGCUUUACAUGAUCAUACACGAGGUCGACGCAGCAUUCGAUAAGAACGAGUGCGAUACGGCGUACCAGAGCGUCCUUCUGCACCCAAGUGACGUCCGGGGGCACUGGAACAACAUCUUCGUCCCCGAGCUCGUCGGGUUACAUCCUCAACGCUUCCAGAACGCUAGCGAUGAUGGAGUCACGCGAAUGCCUAUCGCGUGGGUCGGUAUACCGUGGCCAAGCUUCCAUGAGCAGUAUGCGCCUCCGCUUCUCGUCCACGAGAAAUUAGAAGCAAUUUGCAGGCGCCGCUGGAGACAAGCUGAGAGCUCUGGACAGGAGCCGAGUUUUGUGAAAAAUAUUCCGGGGUUCGAAUUGUUUUUUGCGGACAUGUCGAGGACUGAUGACGAACUUCGGCUUGAGGGCUAUCAUGAGGAUGAAACCGAGUAG